UCCAGGGUCUGGCCGUUGGAAUAUAACGUUGGAAUAUUUGAAUUUAAAAGUAUGGGAGAUGACAAGAAUUCCUUCUUGUUCUCCGAUUUGGUUAACCUCUCUUUCAUACUGCUACUUCAAUCCCACAAGCUUCAGCUAUGUCAAACAACAAUCUCUACCCCUGCCUCUCCACGAUUUCAUCAAAACAAGAAGAUUAUACAACGCUUUUUUCUGUCAAACCUCUCGCCAAUUCCAUGCCGACCCAACUGUUCAAUCUCUCGUUUCCGCAGUAAAUUUCUGUUCCUCCACCCCACUUUGCCGAAAAAUUCAUGCCCAAGUCAUCAAAUCUUUGAAUUACAGAGAUGGUUUCAUUGGUGAUCGUCUGGUGUCUAUUUAUGCCAAGUUCGGGUGUUUGGAUGAUGCACAGAUUCUGUUCGAUGAAAUGCCCAAUAAGGAUUUGGUUUCCUGGAAUUCGUUGAUUUCUGGGUUUUCACGGAGAGGUGAUUUGGGUAAGUGCUUGAGCUCACUUUGUAGGAUGAGAUCAGAUAUGGGUAUGGCACCCAAUGAGGUGACUCUGAUUUCGACAAUUUCAGCUUGUACCAACACGGGAGCUGUAGAUGAAGGAAACUAUAUUCAUGGACUUGCAGUGAAAAUGGGGUUGUUGUCAGAAACUAAGGUUGUUAAUGCUCUAAUUAACAUGUAUGGGAAGUUUGGUUAUUUAGACUUGGCUUCUCAAUUGUUUAAGGCAGUGCUUGUGCCAAAUGUGGUCUCGUGGAAUUCAGUUCUCGCAAUUCAGAUUCAAAAUGGGUUUCCUGAGGAUGGAAUUGAGGUUUUUAAAUUAAUGAGCAGGGCUGGACUUAAGCCUGACCAAGCCACCGUGGUGACCCUGCUUCAGGGUUGUGCAGAUUUAGGUGUAGGAAAACUGGCUGAUGCUAUUCAUGCUUAUAUCUUCACUUGUGGCCUCGAAUCAGACAUACCUAUCUCGACUGCACUCUUAAGAUUUUAUGCGAAGUCAGGUAGAUUACAUGCUUCAUAUGAGAUUUUCAGAGAAAUGAAAAAUCCGGAUAGAAUUGCUUGGACUGCAAUGCUUGCAGGUUAUGCUGUGCACGGGUACGGCAGGGGUGCAAUUGAGUUCUUUGAUCUUAUGGUUAAAAAGGGUGUGGAACCCGAUCAUGUUACUUUCACUCAUUUGUUAAGUGCUUGUAGUCAUUCUGGGCUUGUCAAGGAGGGAAGGAAAUACUUUGAGAUUAUGUCAAGUGUUUAUAAGGUUGAGCCCCGUUUGGAUCACUAUUCAUGCAUGGUUGAUCUUUUAGGGCGUGCCGGACUUUUGAAAGAUGCUCAUGUGUUGAUUGAGAGUAUGCCAAUGGAGCCAAAUUCAGGUAUUUGGGGGGCCCUUCUUAAUGCUUGUAGGAUUUAUGGUGAUAUUGAACUUGGGAAUGAAGUUGCAGAGAGAUUGUUUGCUCUGAACCCUUCUGACUCUAGGAACUAUAUCAUGCUGUCAAAUAUAUACUCUGCAGCUGGCCAAUGGAGUGAUGCUUCAAAGGUGAGGCUUUUGAUGAAGGAAAGAGGUUUCGUGAGUAACCCUGGAUGUAGUUUUAUUGAACAUAGAAGCAAGAUUCACCGCUUUGUUGUGGGUGAUCAAACACACCCUGAUUCAGAUAAGAUACAUAAAAAAUUGGAUGAACUUAUUGAGAAAAUUCACAAGGCUGGGUAUGUCCCUAGAACAGAAUUUGUUCUGCACAAUGUCGAUGAGGAGGUUAAACAGUAUUUGAUCAAUAAGCACAGUGAGAAGUUGGCCAUUGCAUUUGGCCUUUUGGUAACUGAUAGUGGCCGGCCAAUAGUUAUAACCAAGAACCUCAGAAUAUGUGGUGAUUGUCACGGCAUGGCAAAGUUUGUAUCACUCACUGAGAAGCGUUCAAUCAUCAUUCGAGAUUCGAAGCGGUUUCACCAUUUUGCUGAUGGGUUAUGCUCUUGUGGAGAUUAUUGGUAAUUCUCUUCUUCAUUUUGUGACAAUUUUGUUCAUAGCCAUGAGUUUUGGCAACAAUCAGUAAAUUUAUAAAAACUUCCAUUUGAGCUUAUCGAUGACUGAUAAAAUUUUAGUUUAUUUCA